ACAUGGACGUGGACGUGGACGUGGACGUGGACGUGGACGUGGACGUGGACCUGGACGUGGACAUGGACGUGGACGUGGACGUGGACAUGGACAUGGACGUGGACGUGGACGUGACGUGGACGUGGACAUGGACGUGGACGUGGACGUGGACGUGGACGUGGACAUGGACGUGGACAUGGACAUGGACGUGGACGUGGACGUGGACGUGGACAUGGACGUGGACGUGGACGUGGACAUGGACGUGGACGUGGACAUGGACGUGGACGUGGACAUGGACGUGGACAUGGACGUGGACGUGGACGUGGACCUGGACGUGGACGUGGACAUGGACGUGGACAUGGACAUGGACGUGGACGUGGACGUGGACAUGGACGUGGACGUGGACGUGGACGUGGACGUGGACGUGGACGUGGACGUGGACGUGGACAUGGACAUGGACGUGGACGUGGACGUGGACGUGGACAUGGACGUGGACGUGGACGUGGACAUGGACAUGGACGUGGACGUGGACGUGGACGUGGACGUGGACAUGGACGUGGACGUGGACGUGGACGUGGACGUGGACGUGGACGUGGACGUGGACAUGGACGUGGACGUGGAAUGGACGUGGACAUGGACGUGGACGUGGACGUGGACAUGGACAUGGACGUGGACGUGGACGUGGACGUGGACGUGGACAUGGACGUGGACGUGGACGUGGACAUGGACGUGGACAUGGACGUGGACAUGGACGUGGACGUGGACGUGGACGUGGACGUGGACAUGGACGUGGACGUGGACAUGGACGUGGACGUGGACGUGGACGUGGACGUGGACGAUGGACGUGGACGUGGACGUGGACGUGGACGUGGACGUGGACGUGGACGUGGACGUGGACGUGGACGUGGACGUGGACGUGGACGUGGACGUGGACGUGGACGUGGACGUGGACGUGGACGUGGACGUGGACGUGGACGUGGACGUGGACGUGGACGUGGACGUGGACGUGGACGUGGACGUGGACGUGGACGUGGACGUGGACGUGGACGUGGACGUGGACGUGGACGUGGACGUGGACGUGGACGUGGACAUGGACGUGGACGUGGACGUGGACGUGGACGUGGACGUGGACGUGGACGUGGACGUGGACGUGGACGUGGACGUGGACAUGGACGUGGACGUGGACGUGGACGUGGACGUGGACAUGGACAUGGACGUGGACGUGGACGUGGACGUGGACAUGGACAACGUGGACAUGGACGUGGACGUGGACGUGGACUUGGACGUGGACGUGGACGGGACGUGGACGUGGACGUGGACGUGGACAUGGACGUGGACGUGGACGUGGACAUGGAUGUGGACGUGGACGUGGACAUGGACGUGA